AUGUCCAAUAUCAACCUCGCAACUCUCGAUAUCUCCGAACAUCCUAACCUCCCCACCUCCUCCGCAGUGCUCUUCAAAGCCAAAGCCGACAAGAAGCUCUCUUUCGAGAAAAUCGCAUCCCACAUUGGCCGGAAUGAAGUAGCCACCGCAGCCAUCUUCUACGGACAAGCAAAAGCCUCCGCAGAAGAUAUUGUCAAGUUGGCCGAGGUCCUUGGCAUUGACCAUGGCCAGUUGGAGUUCCUUCUGAGCGGGUUCCCGGACCGGGGCAAAUCCGUCUCCUUCCCACCUAAGGACCCCUUGAUCUAUCGUCUGUAUGAGAUUGUGCAGAAUUACGGAUAUGCGUAUAAGGCGGUGAUGAAUGAGAAGUUUGGAGAUGGGAUCAUGAGUGCGAUUUCGUUCUCGACCAAGGUUGAGAAGGAGACUGAUAACGAUGGGAAUGAUUGGGCAGUCGUGACGUGGAGGGGGAAGUGGCUUCCGUAUUCACGAUUCUAA